ACAAAUUAUGAUGUUACUCAAAUGGCAGGUGAUGUUAAAUAUCCAACACUGUCGAUGGUUAAACCAUUGUUAUAUGAUAUUACUAAUGGCUUAAAGAAAAGUGAAUUUAAUUAUGAAGAUGAAGCUGAAGUAGGAAGAGUAUUCGCGGAUACCAUUUUGAAUAAUCUCGAGGUUAGGUUCUCAGAGGUAGAAGAUAAUAUUGUGUUUAAAAAAAGUACUUAUUUAAAUCCUAGAUACAAAAUUUACUUUUAUAAUGAAGACGAGGUAAAGGUUAUUGAAGAGGCCAUUAAGACAGAAAUUAUGCAGUUUUUAAUGAAUGACGACGAUUCUGAAGAACGAUCUCCUCUUACUAGAGAACCUAUCGGAAAACAAUAUUUUGAUUUUUGGAGUUUCAUGAAGAAACCAGCGGUUGAUAUUCGAGACAAAAAUUUACACGAUUUGCGGAAAGAAAUUUCGCAAGAAAUGUCAUAUUAUGUUAACUCUGAACUUAUAAAUCCUCAUAGAGAUCCUCUUUUACGGUGGCAAGAGGAGAAUAAUAACAGAAUCAAUUAUAUAUGAGUGCAUCAGGCUAUCUCGGCUUUUCGACAGUAGAACACCCUCAACGCUUUCACGCUCGAGGUGUACAAUAAACAUCCUCGAUUGUCAACAAUGGCAAGAAGAUAUUUGGCUAUAACCUGCACUUCUGCUAAGAGUGAGAGACUAUUUUCAACAGCUGAGAUAUCGUC